CGUGAUGGAAUCUGAAGCGACCACGGCUACUUUUGAAUUUUGAUAUUAGUGACCAGAAUUUUCAAGUCUCGGCCACAGGCUACAAGAAUUAGCAUCCUUGAGUUGUGUGGUGACCGAAUUCAGCAAUUGUACUCAGUCCCCAAGGUUUUCAGGCAAGUUCUUUUAGCUUCUUAAUGGAAGAGAAGAGGUGUAACCAAAGCCACCACGCAGACAGGCACCGGAUAGAAGGACUACACUGCGGCCUUGUGCUAGUCUCUGAGAAUGUGAACUGCGGAAAACAGGAAAAGUCUCCAAUCUCUGAUGUAGCUAAAUUUGUUUAUUUAAUGAUUGGCAGUUUGGCCCAACAAACCGGUUAGAAUUAAGUGCAAAACCACGCCGGUAACUUAACAUCAAGAAUGAGAGAUCUAACACUGCUAUUUUGUUGCUAGUGCAAUUGGAAAAAAUGCACAGAUUUGUUUGCGAAGUUUGAUUUUGUUAGAGGCCUUAAAACUUCUGCUACUCCAAAACUUUCUAACAAAGAAAAAAGAAAAAGCAAUUGGUUCAUCAGCCUGGUAUAAUAUUCAUUUCAUCAUUUGUGUGAGUGAUACUAUAGAUAUUCAUGAAGGAUUCUAAUUUCUUAAUUCCGUAUGGUUAAAAAGCAUCCUGCUUUUUCUAAAUUGAUUCCAACAUUUGUACUUAUUGCUGUUUCAACCUAAAAAAUUCCAUUAAUUAGUUAAACCCAUUUUGUUAUGCUUCAUGGCUCAUCGUUUUAUUCCUUCGAAAAGGCAGGCAAGGUGAGCAACCAAGAACGGUAGCCCAACAGUAUUGUACAAUCCAUUCUCAGAAGACACCUACCUCCUUACAAUCUUCUGUAAGGAAUGAAUUGCUGGAAAUGGACCAUCUAAACCACCAUUAUGCAUCUUAAUUAUGCAAAAUCAAGACAUCUCAGUUUUUUCUUAUGAAUUGCAAUAUAUGAAUUGUAGUAUCUAAAGCAUCAAAGCCUAACCCAAAGAAGGAAAUAUCAGAAAAGGAUACCAUUUUGGACAAUUUUCACCCACAUGUGAUGUGAAUGAUACAGGAGACCAUCCACGAUUAAAGCACGUGAUUCCACUGUGGGCCCCAUUUUGCACACGUGUAGCUGAUUGUGGGCCAGACGACAUAUCUGCGUCUGCCAAACCUAGUACAGACCAAACUGGAACACCAAAAGCGGCAAAAGUGGAAAACCAAACAAGCUUUUUAACUCUUGAAAUGGAAAAAGUGGACAGGAAAAUGGAAGAUAGCAAGCUUCUUCUUUGUUGUUUCAUUGCUUGCAUUUUGUUUUUUGGCGUCAAUGGAGAAACCCCUUAUCGGUAUAUCACUUGGAAAGUCAUGUACGGUGAUAUUUACCCUCUUGGCGUUAAGCAACAGGGGAUCUUAAUAAACGGGCAGUUUCCAGGGCCUCAGAUCGAUGCAGUUACUAAUGAUAACCUGAUUAUCAGUGUUUAUAACUACUUAAAUGAACCAUUCCUUAUCUCUUGGAAUGGUGUGCAGCAGAGGAGGAACUCAUGGCAAGAUGGAGUCUUUGGCACGAACUGUCCAAUUCGACCAGGGAAGAACUUCACUUACGUUCUCCAAGUGAAAGAUCAGAUUGGUAGCUUUUUCUACUUCCCAUCACUUUUAUUCCAUAAGGCUGCUGGAGGAUAUGGUGGCAUCAGAAUCUGGAGCAGCCCAAAGAUUCCUGUACCAUUUCCUACUCCCGCUAGGGAUUUCACGGUACUGGCUGGGGACUGGUAUAAGAGAAACCACUAUAUAUUGAGACGUCUCUUGGACAGUGGUCGUAACCUUCCCUUCCCCGAUGGACUUCUCAUUAAUGGUCAAGGGUGGAAUGGAUACACAUUCACGGUUGAUCCAGGUAGGACAUACAGGUUCAGGAUAUCAAAUGUUGGGCUUACAACUACAAUUAACUUCGGGAUCCAGGGGCACAACUUGAAACUUAUAGAAGUGGAAGGAUCUCAUACACUCCAGAACACCUACACUUCUUUUGAUAUCCAUCUUGGACAGUCGUGCUCUUUCUUGGUCACUGCUGAUCAGGCACCGCAGGAUUACUAUAUUGUUGUCUCUUCACGCUUCACUCGUCGUGUGCUCACAACAACUGCCAUUCUUCACUAUAGCAAUUCAAAAAAGGGAGUUUCUGGCGCAGUUCCUGAGGCUCCCACCAUUCAAAUUGCUCCAUCAAUCCUGCAGGCGAGAUCCAUACGUUGGAACCUGACAGCUAGUGGACCUAGACCUAAUCCCCAAGGCUCAUACCACUAUGGACUGAUCACUCCAAGCCGCACGAUCAUGCUUGAAAACUCUGCACCUUAUAUUAAUGGAAAGCAGAGGUAUGCUGUCAAUGGUGUCUCAUAUGUUCCAGCAGACACCUCACUAAAACUAGCAGAUUACUUCAAGAUUCCUGGAGUUUUCAAUCUUGGUAGCAUUCCUACCUGGCCCCCUUCUGGAAAUAAUGCCUACUUUCAGACCUCUGUCAUGGCAGCCAACUUCCGAGAAUAUGUUGAGAUUGUAUUUCAAAACUGGGAGGACACUGUGCAGUCAUGGCAUAUUAAUGGUUAUUCGUUCUUUGUUGUAGGGAUGGAUGGAGGCCAAUGGACGCCCUCUAGUAGAGCAACCUACAAUUUGAGAGACACAGUGGCCCGCUGCACUACUCAAGUGUAUCCCAGGUCAUGGACCGCGAUCUACAUGGCUCUGGACAACGUGGGAAUGUGGAAUAUAAGGUCUGAGAACUGGGCCAGACAAUAUUUAGGCCAGCAGUUCUAUCUCAGGGUUUACUCCCCUGCAAAUUCAUGGAGAGAUGAAUUGCCAAUCCCAAAGAAUGCUCUUCUCUGUGGCCGUGCCAGAGGUCGCCAUACAAGGCCUCUCUGAAUUAGCUAAGAUUGUAAUGUCACGAAGGUGUGACAGGGUGCAAGCUUGGGAUAUGAUGAACAAAAUUAGGUUGUCAAUUGGGGGAAAUUAUUGUGAGAGCUCAACUUGAGCUUUUGAGUCAAUUCUCUCUUUGCUUGGUGUUCCUAGAGCGUGUUCUUGUUUCUAUGACAACAGGAUGGGCAUUCAAUUUAUAUAUUAUCCACGUAUGACCUUGCGACUGCAGGAUGCCAGAACAAUUUUAUUUGAUUUUCAACUUCCAGAUUUCACGGUAUCUUCCAGGAAAAUAUU